ACGCCCUGCUUUGAGUUCCUCUGUUUUUUCUGUCGAAACAAAAAUCUGAAUUUCUGUUGAAUAAAGGACUCGAAUGGGUAGUUCAGCCAUGUUACACAGCCUAUGUUGCUGCACAACCCAACUACUCUCUCCAAAAUGUUACAACAAUCAAACUCUCUCUUUCACCCGCUCUCAAUUCGUUUCUUCCAAUUCAUUCUUGACUUCAAAGAAUCAAACUCUGCGAAUUAAGAGCCAAAGAACUCGGAAGUCUAACGUUGUAUUCGCUGUGCAGUCCAACAUCUUCAAAGCUCUGCAAACAGCGUGGAAUGUUGGCAAAGAUGGGAUUGAGGCAGGAACUAGUCUUGUCCCUGCUUCUGUACCGAGACCAAUUGCAAGGAUUUCUGUGACAAUAGUUGCAUUGUCCGUUUGUCUCUUUGUACUCAAAUCUUUUGUUUCCACUGUUUUCUUUGUGCUGGCCACAAUGGGACUUGCAUAUUUUGUAUUCAUAGCUUUGAAUAAGGAUGAAGGGCCAAGGGGAAAUGGAGGCACCACCUCGAAACCAGAGGAUGGGGCGGAUAAUAGUCUAGAAGAAGCGAGAAGAAUCAUGGAGAAGUACAAGUAGACGUUACCUCUCCCUUGUUCUCAAGUUCCACAAUCUCAUGGUCGGAGAAGGAGAAGAGUUUAUAAGAAAUUCCAAGCUAAUGGAAGGCAAGUUUUGGCUUAGAAUCUCAUGAGUGUAUGUGUCUUGCUUCACUUCUCAUCAGUCAAUUCUUAUGCUUUUCCAGAUAUGGUUGUAAUAUUGUUGUGUGCUUGGGAACCUAAUUAUAUAGAUAAAAUGAAU